AAUCCACACACCCCACCCACCCCCUCUCCCGGAACGCGUUGCGGAAGAGACGCAACUCGACCGCUUGGGUCACCGUGGGGCGGAAUGACCCCAGACCCAUGCAGAGGGAGGAGACUUCGAUACAGUACCCGUGGACUGUGGACUGCGGACGACAUCGAGAGAGAGAGAGCAAGGGCGAGACAUUUCAGAGACGCAGAACGCAAACGCUCUGUCCGCUCGCAUAGGCAGACGCAGCGAUGGCAGACAGCACAGAGGUGCGCAUCCCUCUGGACGUGAGAGCCCUCCAGGAAUUCCUGCAGCGCAAUCUCCCGGCUCGCCAUGGGCCCCAGGGACUUCUGUCCGUGCGCCAGUACAGCGCGGGCCAGUCCAACCCCACGUAUUACCUCCGCACGGCCGCGGGACAGGAGUUGGUACUGCGCAAGAGUCCUCCAGGUGCCCUCCUGCCUGGAGCCCACCAGGUGGACAGGGAGUUUCGGGUGCAGCAAGCCCUGAGCUCCGUGGGGUUUCCUGUGCCCCGGCCACUUCUGUACUGCCAAGACAAGUCCAUCAUCGGAACUCCAUUUUACGUGAUGGAGCACGUUAAGGGCCGCAUAUUCCGAGAUCCGGCUUUGCCGGGGCACAGCCCUGCCGAGCGUGCAGCGCUGUACGUGGCCAUGAUCGAGACCCUGGCCAGACUCCACUCGCUGGACUGGGAGGGCCUCGGCCUCGGUGGCUUUGGCAAGAAAGGAGGAUACUGCAAACGACAGGUGCUCACCUGGACCAAGCAAUACAACGCCGCGGCACACACGGACAUCGACAGCAUGAACAAGCUGUCCGAUUGGCUGCAGAAAAACCUUCCGGGCGACGACAGCGAGGCGAAACUUGUGCACGGAGACUUCAGAAUAGACAAUCUGAUUUAUCACCCCACAGAGGCUCGUGUGAUCGCGGUAUUGGACUGGGAGCUGGCGACGAUAGGGCACCCGCUGGCUGACCUGGCCUACAAUUUCCUGCCGUACCACCAGCUCCCAACUGGUGCCAUGCCCUCGGGACUGGGCAGCGUCCCCAUCCCAACCGUGCCCGGAGUUCCCACGGAGGCCGAGCUCCUGUCCGUGUACUGCCGCUGCCGGGAAACGCCCAGCGCCCCCCUGCCCAACUGGAAUUUCUUCAUAGCCUUGGCUCUGUUCAAGAUCGCUUCCAUUGCCCAAGGAGUGUACGCCCGCCACCUCCUGGGCAACGCCAGCGCGCAGAACGCCUCCCAGUUCUGCGGCGCCGUGCAGCCUUUGGCCGAGACGGCGCUCGCUUUAGCUACAGCCAGGGUGCCUGCCAAGGUCGAAGGGAAGUGCAGGUCCCCUGAGCUCUUCAGGCCUUCACCAGUGGGCCAGCUGAUGCUAGACAAGGUCCGGGCCUUCCUCCGCGAGCAUAUCUACCCUGCAGAACCGGAGGUGCUGCAGUACUACCAGCAGCACGCCUCUUCCCCACUGCGGUGGAAACGCCCUCCCAUCAUCCAACAGCUCAAGGACAGGGCUAAGGCGGCGGGCCUCUGGAACCUGUUCCUGCCGGCGGUGAGCGGCCUGGGCCAGCUGGACUACGCCUUCGUGGCGGAGGAGACGGGGCGUUGCGUCUUCGCUCCCGAGAUAUUCAACUGCCAGGCGCCGGACACGGGCAACAUGGAGGUUCUUCAUCUCUACGGGACGGAGCAACAGAAGAGGGAUUGGCUGGAGCCCCUGCUGCGCGGGGAGAUCCACUCCUGCUUUUGCAUGACAGAACCCGACGUGGCAUCCAGCGACGCCACCAACAUCAUGUGCAGCAUCCGGAGGGACGGCAACCACUACGUGGUGAAUGGGCGCAAGUGGUGGAGCAGUGGAGCUGGUAACCCAAACUGCACGUUGGCGGUGGUGAUGGGAAGGACUGGAGAUGAUUCCCUGGCCAGACACAAGCAGCACAGCAUGAUCCUGGUUGCCAUGGACACACCGGGAGUUAAGAUCAUCAGGCCCCUGAUGGUGUUUGGUUAUGACGAUGCCAUUCAUGGAGGGCACUUUGAAAUCCACUUUGAGAACGUGCGAGUUCCUGCCUCCAACAUACUGCUGGGCGAUGGCCGGGGGUUUGAGAUCGCCCAGGGCAGGCUGGGGCCCGGCCGCAUCCACCACUGCAUGCGAACGGUGGGACUGGCCGAGAGGGCGCUGGAGCUGCUGUGCCAGCGAGCGGCCACCAGGCAGGCGUUCGGCCGCAAGCUCUACGAGCACGAGGUCGUCCUUCACCAGGUGGCCGAGUGCCGGCUGGAGAUCGAGCAGUCGCGGCUGCUGACGCUGAAAGCUGCGCACGCCAUCGACGCCGUGGGCGCCGCCCGUGCCCGCAAGGAGAUUUCCAUGAUCAAAGUGGCCGCCCCCCGCAUGGCCUGCAAAGUGUUGGACCGCGCCAUUCAGGUGCACGGGGGUGCAGGGGUCUCAGAAGACUUCCCUCUCGCUCACAUGCUCGCGAUGGCGCGCACCCUGCGGUUGGCAGACGGGCCGGACGAGGUCCACCUCUCGGCCAUCGGCAAGCAAGAGCUCGGGGAGCAGCUGAAGGCGAGGCUGUGAUCACGUGACCACCGCGUGAGCCGCCCAGCCUUACCGGACCGAGGACUGCGCUGCGCGAUUCGGCCGUGGUGAUUGUGACCGAUGUUUACUAUCGUAGGGAGAAUUAAGGGGAAAUUGUUCUUCUGAUCAGGCUUCGUGUGACGUUCAUCCGGCACACGCAAGUACCGUUUUGGCGAUGUGCUGCAAAGGUUUGUGAUUUGCAGUUAAGAAUAAGGGAUUUACAAAAGUAUCAUGUGGAAUGUGAUGAAAGGGUUUAGAAAUAUGUAAUAAUUUCAGUGUUUAUUUUUUUUUAGUGCAGUACAAAGGUACAGUAAAACCUUGGAUUGCGAGUAACUUGGUCUGCGAGUGUUUUGCAAGACGAGCAAAAUUUUAAAUAAAUAUUAAUUUGAUAAACGAGCGAGGAUCUUGCAAUACAAGUAGUACGUGUACGCUUUGUCUGCCGAGCGUCACGUGAUCACAACUGAUAUACGACUGCUUUGAUAUACGAGUGCUUUGGAUUACAAACAUGUUUCCGGAACGAAUUAUGCUCUCAAUCCAAGGUUUUACUGUAUACGAUAGAGCAUGUGUAAUCAUUGAAGUAAAUGUACAUAUAAUUACGAGCAUUAUUUCGAACAUUCAUUUUAAUCAGAAAAAAAACUAACUCGCACGUUUCAUAACCUGAUGGAAAUGGAAUGCAUUCUUACACCCACAGAGUCCUAGUUAAUAUGUAGUAUUAAUAUAAGAUUUUAAUUGAUACUACAAUGUAAAAAAUGAUGCCUUUUCAAAAACACACAAAGACAUCGAUUUUUAGAUAGUCGAUGGGUUAAUUUGCGCGGUUUCACUUCGUGUGCCCCCCCCCCUUUUAAGUAACGCAUUUACUCUCACACAGAGCGAAGGAAACCUGUUUAGCCUUAAUGCUACAUACAGUAUCACGAUGUUUAGAGGCUGAUAUUUAGGAUGGAAUGGCAUCUCAGCAACAGACGGUGGAACUUCGACAAUCCGCGGGUGCAUUGUCCCUCUAAUUAAAAAAAAGUAUCAGAGGUUAAUGUCAUAGGUGAAGAAUACCCAAACAACUCUAUGACAUAACAUGCCUGUACGUCAAAAUGUACCGAUGACCCAAGUAGGUGCGGUAAUGGUUGCGCAUAUACAUUUUGCUGCGCACACACGCUGAAUUUUUUUUUUAGGUAUAUAAAUGAGCCGUAGAAAAUGAAAACAGGAUCAGUGAAAGCAGCGAGAUGCUUAAAGCCGCAGUUCUGGCUGGCGGGCCCGGAGAUUAUCGCCAUAAACCCUCACGUGGCUUCACGUCACGCCCGAGGCAUUAUCUUACCGCUGAUCUUCACUCGACAGCUUCGCGAAAGAAGGCUGCUUGCUUCAUCCCAAUAAAACUCUGUUGAUUUCCCAA